AUGCCAUUCAAAACCAAACGUUCCACAGACUUCCGUUUUGGAUUUUGCAGCCACCACAACCUUCUUCCUUUAAAACCCCCUGCCACUCCUUUUCUUCUUCCUCCCAGACAACGGUCAAUGGCUUCCUCAGUUUUCUCCAUCUUCUUCUUUGCCUUCUUUUUAUUGAUUUCUGUAGCAUCUUCCAAGUUGCUUCUAUUUCCACUCACCCACUAUCUCUCUAAUUCCCAAUUCAACACUAAUCAAACCCACCACCUCCUCAAAUCAACCACCGCUCGCUCCGCCGCCCGUUUCCUUCGCCACCACAACCGACAAGUCUCCGUCGCCCUCUCCCCUGGGAGUGAUUACACUAUGUCUUUCUCUCUGGGCUCUGCUCCUAAGAAGACAACCGUGACUCUUUACAUGGAUACUGGAAGCGACACUGUUUGGCUCCCUUGUAAACCUUUUACAUGUAUUAUGUGUGAGGGAAAAUCCGACCCCAAAACCACGCCGCCACCGUAUAAUAUAUCUACCUCUGCUGCCCCUGUCACGUGCCAGUCACGUUCUUGCUCUGCUGUUCACUCCGGCCUCCCAACCUCCGACCUCUGUGCCGCAGCGCGCUGCCCUUUGGAAUCGAUCGAGAUGUCGGAAUGCAAUAAGUUUUCUUGCCCGGCUUUCUAUUAUGCUUACGGCGACGGCAGCUUUGUAGCACGGAUUUACACGGACACUCUUGAAAUUCCGAUGUCUGCGGCAACGUCUUUGGUGAUACAGAAUUUUACAUUCGGCUGCGCCCAUGAAUCGCUCGGCGAGCCUAUUGGUGUCGCCGGUUUUGGCCGUGGAGCGCUUUCUUUGCCGGCGCAGCUUGCUGAUUUCUCACCUCAUCUCGGCACUCAAUUCUCCUACUGUUUAGUCUCUCACUCUUUUGACACAGACCGAGUCCGACAACCGAGUCCACUAAUUUUAGGCCGGGUUGACUCUGGUCUCGGUGUAAACAAAGCGAAACGGGUCCGUGCUUCACGACUCGACGACUUCGCCUAUACUCCGAUGCUUGAAAACUCAAAACACCCUUACUAUUACUACGUCGGUUUAGAAGCUAUAACCGUUGGAAACCGCCGGUUACCAGCGCCAGAAAAUAUGAAGAAGGUUGACGGAAAAGGCAACGGUGGUAUGGUGGUUGACUCCGGUACGACUUACAGCAUGUUACCCGAAAUUUUGUAUAACUCAGUGGUGUCGCAGUUUGGCAAAUGGAUGAAGUCGGGUUUGGGUUAUAAACGAGCAAGAGGUGUCGAAGACCGAACCGGGCUUAGUCCAUGUUUUUACGUUGAUGGGCAUCAGCCGGGACCCGGUACCAAACGGAAAGAGGCUGUACUUGUGCCUCAAAUGGUAUUGCAUUUUGGGGGGAAUUCCAGUGUGGUGAUGCCUACGAAGAAUUAUUUCUACGAGUUCAUAGACGGCGGUGAUGGAAAAGGAAAAGUGAAAAGAAAAGUGGGGUGUAUGACUCUAAUGAACGGUGGUUAUUUUCCAGAUUCGGGUGGGCCGGCGGGGUUAUUGGGGAACUACCAGCAACAAGGUUUGGAAGUGAUUUAUGAUUUGUUGAAGAAACGGGUCGGGUUUGCUAGGAGAAAGUGCGCAUCUUUAUGGGAUACCUUGCGCUGA